UUAGAUAAUUCGUGGCUGAAGUGGGAUGCUGAGAGAUGAAAAUUUUAUACAUUGCCUUGGUUUUAGGCCUGCUUAUUGGAACCAUAAAGUCACAUGUAAUAGAACUUGAUCAAAGCUUUUUAGAGAAAAAGAAUGAGGGAAUGUGGUUAGUUGAGUUUUAUGCCCCAUGGUGUGGUCACUGUAAGAAAUUAGAACCAAUUUAUCAACAAGUAGCCAGUACACUGAGGAACCACCCUGUUAAUGUAGCCAAGCUGGACUGCACACGCUUCGCAGCAGUAGCUUCAGCAUUUGAUGUGUCAGGAUUUCCAACCAUUAAAUUCAUAAAUGGAGACACAAUAUAUACACAUCGUGGUGAACGAUCGGAGGAAGAUAUACUGGAGUUUGUUAAAAAGGCUAGUGGGCCGCCUGUGAGGAGUAUGGCCAGUAUAGGAAAAUUUAAUGAGGGAAAACAAGAACACAAAGAUGGUGUCUUUUUUCUGUAUAUUGGGGAUGGAAAUACAGAACAUGAUCUAUAUAAAGCAUACUCAAGUGUAGCAGAGAAAAUGGCAGCUCAGACCUACUUCUAUGCUGGAACAGAGAAAACAUUAUCAAAGGAUGUUAAAGUAACAAAAGUUCCAGCAGUCUUAGUUUUAAAGGAUCAGACUUGGUUUGAAUAUUCAGCACCUGAUAAUUCCAUAUCAUCUUUGGAACAAUGGAUAAAUGGAGAACGCUUUACAGCAUUUCCUAAGGUGUCAGGAGGAAAUAUAAAUGACAUGGCGGAGACUGGAAAAUCCUUAGUAAUGAUUGUUAUUGAUCCAGAGGAUAGAGAAAAGUCUGAUCUCACACAAAGGGUCAAAGAUGUUGGCCAGACGAUGGCAGUUAAAUACAGAGAAAUGUUCCACAGGGAUUUCCAGUUCCUGUGGAUGACUGAUGUGGAGACAGUGAAUAGCAUUACAAUGGCUUUCCUGGCGACCCCUGUCAUACUGGUACUGAACACAAAAACUCACUACUUUUACUUCCCAGACUUUGAUACCAAAGACAUCACCAUUGAUAAAAUGUCAGACUUCCUCUACAGAGUCAAGGAGGAGAAGAUUCAGCCCCAGGGAGGAACAGGAUUUUUACAAAGGCUGAAGAGGAUAUUUUAUGACAUAUUUACCACAGUAAUUAGUAUAUGGCAGGCCUCUAGAUGGCUGUUCCUGUUAAUGUUUGGACUCCCCACAGCUGUGGUCAGUAUUGUUUGUUACAGUAUCUGCUGUAUGGAAGUUUCAGAGGAGCUUCCGGAGGAAGACAGUGAUUAUGAAGAGGAGGGAGAAGAUCCUCCUCCUAAAGAAAUAGGUCAAGAUACAGAAAAUUUGCAGUCAGCAAAACCGUUUCAUGAAAAAGCAGAUUGAUGUUAAGAAGGGAAAUUCAUGACAUUCCAGAAUGAGAAAUAUUGUGGGUGUCAAACACCUUGAAUUCAAGAGUGUUUCACAGUGAUUGAACCAAGGUUGCUAUGGAUGUUUAUUUUUUCUUGGUUAAAACAGCAUUCAUUUAUGUAACCUCCUUCAAUUAUAAAAACCUGCAUUGGCCUGUGAACUAAUACCAUUUGUCAAUUGUUUUAUUUCGAAAUAACUGGGAGUUGCUUUUUUCUGUACAAGAAAAGGGACAUAACUUUGGUAUCUUUUGCCAAGUUGGUGUUAAUUGACAUUUCAGAACCAGAUAAAGCUGAAAUAAAUAUACAUUAUAGAGCUAAUGGAAAGUUUUUUGUGAUAACUUGAGUAUAAUGGAAGAUAAAUUGAUGUUUAUGGCAGUGAAUGAUAUGUUACCCUUGUUUUUUUACACUAAUAUGGCAUUUCUUCAAAUUGGACACAGAUAAUGUUCCGAUAAUGACAAGAGUUCAGUUACAUUUCACAGAAUCCUAUCCAGGCACUGUAAUUAGAGUACAGGUCUGCAAGAUUAUUAGGUAGAUACCAAUUUUAAGAAUUGCUUCAUUAUUCUAGGUUUUUUUUUCUUUUGAUAUUUCUGUGUCAUUAUAUUGUGCAAUAUACAGAGAUGCUGGGACAAUCCACAAGGAAAACUAUUGUCAGUAUGAAGCAGCAUAUAAAUUCAGCAUUGUUUAAAUUUAUGCUACACAAUGAUUUAGAUUAUUUUUAUGUUUUUAUACUUAGCGCAGGUAUUUCAUUUAGUUUAAUUUCACCCUAUUAUUUCUCAACAAAACUUACCUUUUUUUGGUUUAUGAAUUAACUGCAACAGGAUGGAAGAAAUUGUAUGGCUGAAUCAGGAAUUGAACCCGGGACCUCUGCAUCACUAGUCAGGUGUGCUGAGCUACCCAGACCAAUUUCCACAGCCAUUACUUUCCUCCCUCCUUAAAUUGUCUUCACCCUCAAACAUACAAUCCAAGUUCUUUUUACACCUGGAAGUCAAGGUCAUUGGUCAAUGGUAUCAAAUUACAUAACAGGAUCCUGGUCUGGUCCAUAGUAUUUUUCUCCAUUCGUUUUACAUGUGUUGUCAUGACCAUGCCCUGGAAGUGACAGGUAAAGACCUGGGUUGGUGUCUCUAGGAGGCUAAGACCUUUAAGAAGGGAGGAAUGUGGCAGUCAGACAGGUCGGAAUCCAGUGGCCAGAUAGCUCAGUUGGUAGAGCACCUGACUAUAGAUUCAGGGGGGCUGGUUUUGCAUCCUGGUCUGGUGUGCAAAUUUUGCCUUUCUUGUUACAUAUCAUCAUAAAUUAAACCAUUAUUAUCUUCCGAGUAUGUGUACUAUGUGAACAAGCAGUUUAUUUAACAAUCUUGGCUUCAAAAGUCACUACCAUAUAUACUCGCCUAUAAGUCUUUGAAAAAUCAGUAUUUUCUGGAAAAGGAAAUUUGAAACAAUUGAAAUGAUAUUCAUUUAUAAAGGCUAGAACUGAAUCUAUUGCAGGAAAGAUCUAAGUUUAUCAUGAGCAUAAACACAAGUGCUUUCAGAUUUUAAUAAUAUAUAUUUGAUUGAAUUGUUAAUAGAAGACUAAAUACAUGUAUCAAUGACUUAUCACAAUACAUACUUGGAAACACAGGUAAAUACAAUUGAAUAUUUAUCUAAAAUUUGGAACAGAUUCUGGCAAAAACCAUACCAACUCAUAAGUAAGCGGGCCAAUGGAAGAUAAUCUGGGGGAAAAAAAUGACUCGUAAGCAAACCAACUUGUAGGCCAGUAUAUACAGUAAGGUUUUGUGCAAUUCAUGCUGCAAGGUCAAAUGUUAAGUAAAUGAACAUGUAAUUACAAGUUUAGCCUUGGACAUAGCUGAUAAAGCCUGAUAUUGGAUCAAGCAAAAGAGAUUUUUCAUCCCUCAUAUUAUGGCAAAUUUAAUGUCAAUUUUAUAGCUUAAUUUAUUCUUAUUAAAGGUCAAACAUUCAAGUUGGAGGUCACAUUAGACUUUUUACUGUGAGGGAUAUUAUGGUUCACAUUCACUUUUUUUAUUCUCAAGCAGUAAAACUUUUUCAUACCUGUUAAUGUGGGAGGAAAAGAAAACCUUUGAUGUAUAUUUUUUUAACAUGCUUGCAUUCUUAUAUUAGACAUUUCAUUAUAAAUAGCUGAAAUUAAGUCCCAACCCUACCCCCUUGCCAUUUUUUCUCCCCGCUUGUACUGAAAAGGGGGAUUUUAAUUUGGGUCUGUCUGUCAUUCUGUCAGUGUGUAACACUUUCAUUUCUGGAUGAUAUCUUAGAAAGCAUUUGUACUUUUGCAAUGAAAUUGUAUAUCACAGUUUCCUGUGGCCAAAGACCCCUAUUGAUUUUGAGAUUAAAAUUUCAAGGUCAGAAAUUCAUACAUACUGUUUAUGUGUAACACUUUUGUUUCUUUCUGGACAAUAUCUCAAUGGCUUAAAGAAGACCCUAUUGAUUUUAAGGUCAAAGUCAAAUUCAUAUAUUGCAAAUAACAACUUAGUUCUCUUUUUCAAUGAAAUUAUAUAUUGUUAAUCCCAGUGACUUUAUGAAGACCUUGAUUGAUUUUUAGGUCAAAGGGUCAAGAUCAGAAAUUCAUAACUUGCAAAAAAUGAUUUCCUGUGAUAAUUUUGAUUCUCUUUGAGGUUUUACAAUGAAAUCUAAUACUUAUAGUCAAUAUGACUUUAUAAAGACCUAUAUUGAUUUUGAGGUCAAAGACCAGAGUCAGAAAUUCAUAAAUUGCAUACAUAGCUUUCAGAUGAUAACGAAUUCUCUAUAAGCUUUUGCUAUGAAACUUAAGGUCAGAGUUUUUUUUAACUUAAAAAGACCCUUAAUGACUAUAAGGCCAAAAGCUGAAAGGUCAAGGUUGACUUUUUUUUCUUCAUCUGCAUCUUUAGGCCUUCCAUCCUCUUCUUAUUUCCUUAAUAGGGUCCCCUACUGGUGAAACCGGAGGGGACUAUAGGUUUCCUUCUCGUCUGUCUGUCCCUCUGUCAGUCUGUCCUGCUUGGUUUUCCACACUUUUUUCCUGAACAUUUUCAGAUAUUGAGCUGCUUUUUUGGUAUGUGAGUACAUUGAUGAGUUGUAGAUCAAGUUUGCAUUUUGUUCUGCUUCAGUGAUUUUUGAUAGAAUUACGGCCUUUUCAAUUUUUAUGGGGAACCAAAUUGCACUUGCCGAUGGGGACUUGUACAUGUAUUGCUCAUGCAAUACUCUUAGAAUGCUUGUUUUUAAAAAAUUUUUCUGUGCAUUUUGUGCUUAUAUAAUUGUGUGAAUGAUCAUGAAGUACAUGUCCAUCUUUUCAGUAGGUAUUCAUACUUAUAAAAAAUUAUAUACUGAGUAUGUUGUUAUAUCAGGGGUUUUUGUUAGGAAAAAAAGUGUAUUUUUGAAAGGUUUUUUUGCUUUAUUGAUUGUUGUCUGAAGUAAAUGAGAUUUGUGUGAUUGGAGAUGUAAGAAUUUACCAGUAGUGUAAACUGUUUAUGUUUCUAUAAAGGUUACAUGUAAUACAGAUAUGCGCAUUGAAGUAGUAAAAAAUGUUUGUUUGAAUGGAAUGUUUGGGUCUUUCUUAUCAAACAUCAAUUGUUACAAAAUGACACGCCCAUUUCUUUAGAAACGAGAAAGCAAUAAUUGUCGCAAUGUUUUAAGACACUUCACUCUCAGGGACUAGCAGCAUGGGUUUUGUUGAAAUGGGGAUUUUAUGAAGUUAGGAGAGAGAGUGAGAGACUCCCUAAUUCAGUAGAACUCACAUAUUGCAAAGAAUAUAUACAUAAUUAUGAAUUUAUCAUUUUUCGCUCACCUGAGCCGAAGGCUAAAGUGAGCUUUUCUGAUCACAUUUUGUCCGGCAUCCGUCUGUCUGUCUAGCUGUCUGUCUAUAAUUUUUUCACAUUUUCGACUUCUCAAGAAUCACAGGGCCAAUUUCAACCAAACUUGCCUCAAAGUAUCCUUGGGGAAAGGGGAUUCAAGUUUGUUCAUAUGAAGGGCCAUGUCCUCUUCCAAGGGGAGAUAAUUACAAAUUAGUGCAAAAUUAAUAGCAUCUUUUAAAAAUCUUCUCAAGAACCACUGGGUCAGGAAAGAUGAAACUCAUGUGGAAUCAUCCUCAGGUAGUGUAAAUUCAAGUUUGUUAAAAUCAUGACCCCCGGGGGUAGGGUGGGGCCACAAUGGGGGAUCAAAGUUUAACAUAGGAAUAUAUAGGAAAAAAUCUAUAAAAAAUCUUCUUCUCAAGAACAGCAAAGCCAUGAUUGGUCAUAUUGAUAUGGAAGCAUCCUCAGGUAGUGUAGAUUCAAGUUUGUUAAAAUUAUUACCCCCGGGGGUAGGGUGAGGUCACAAUGGGGGAUCAAAGUUUUACAUAGGAAUAUAUAGGAAAAAACUUGAAAAAUCUUCUUCUCAAGAACAGCAAAGCCUUGUUAAGUCAUAUUGAUAUGGAAUCAUUCUCAGAUAGUGUAGAUUCAACUUUGUUCAAAUCAUGACCCCCAGGGUUAGGGUGGGGCCACAAUGUGGGAUUUAAGUUUUACAUAAGAAUACAUAUGAAAAAUCUUUUCAAGAACAGAAAAGCCAUGUUUAGUCAUAUUGGAAGCAUCCUCAGGUAGAGUAGAUUUAAGUUUGUUCAAAUGAUGCCCCCCUCCCCCCAGGUAGGGAGGGGCCACAAUGGGGGAUCAAAUUUUGAACAAGGGAAUAUAUAGGAAAAAAUCUUUAAAAAUCUUCUGCUCAAGAACAGCAUGGCCAUUUGUUAUAUUGAUAUGGAAGCAUCCUCAGGUAGUUUAAAUUCAAGCCUCCCCCUCCUCCCCCCCCCCCCCCAUUUAAACUUUUCAAUACUGAACUGAUUUGUUCCUUUUCCUAGACAAUGUGCUCAGGUGAGCAAUAUGGCCCAUGGGCCUCUUGUUGUUCAAGUUAUUACAAACAUGUAUCAAUUGAAUAUCUGUUUACUAGGUGUUAAUGUGAUUUGCCAAUCUGAUUGGCUAUUGUAUUUAUCAAAUAUCUUUUCCACCGGUUUUCAAAUGAAGCAUGUGAUGGCUUUUUUCUUUUCUGAAGAAUUGAGCAUGUCAUUUUAUCAGCUUAAAAUGUUACAUUCAAAUGGAAAAUUUUAUCACUUCAGUGUGCAUCAUUGUACAUGCAUCCAUAUUGUGAAGAUUUACUAAAUUAAGAUUGAGGGGGGGGGGGGGGGGGGUCGAGAUUUUUUCUCAAUUUUCAUAUUUGAUUUAAUGAACAAUUACUUAAUAAAUUUUGUAAAUUAUGACAAUAUUGUUCUUAUAAUUAUGCAUACAUGUUGGUAAUAAAUUAAUCAUAAGAUUUCUCUAUCUGCCUCAUUGGAACUAAAAAUGAUUCUUGGAAAUUGUAAAUGUUGUACAUUUAUUUUCUCAAAGAAAUACAUAAUUCCAAUACUA